UGCUAGCAAAUUUCCAAGCAAGCCACCAUUGGCAUUGGCAGCAAUUGGGCGUCCUCUUUGAUCCUCUAAGGCACUAAGUCCUGCUGCAAGGUGAUACUGGUCAUACCUGAAUGGAGAGAGCAGCCUCUGGAAUUACGAGAAAAUUUGUCUUAUUGGCAAUUGGGAGGCUGCCGGAGGAGCUUGGGCGCAGCUGGUUUGAUAAGUGUUUCCGGGGCUUGGACCGUCCGCUAAGGAUGGCUUUCAGGAGGAGGCCUGGCAUCUCUGGCUUGCAAGGGGCGACAGCUGCAAGGGCACAGUACAAGACUCUUGGGGAGGAUGUUGCCAAAGUGAGGACGGAGCAGAUGACCGAGCAGCUUGCGACCUUCAAGAAGAGCUUGGAGGACUUUGCACAGAAGUACAAAAAUGACAUCAAGAAGCAGCCGGCGUUUCGGGCGCAAUUCCACGAGAUGUGCGCGAAGUGCGGGGUAGACCCGCUGGCUAGCAACAAGGGGUUCUGGGCGGAGCUUCUGGGCAUCGGCGACUUCUAUUACGAGCUGGGCGUGCAAAUCGUCGAGGCCUGUUUAGCAACGCGGCCGCACAAUGGGGGCCUCAUAGACCUACAAGACCUGCGAGCGUUAGUAGCAAAGAAGCGGCGAACCGCUAAGGAGCCUGUGACUGAAGACGACUGCAUACGGGCCAUUGGGAAGCUGAAGGCACUCGGGAGUGGGUUCGAGAUCUUCACCGUCGGGAGCAGACGUCUCGUCCGCUCUGUUCCGACGGAAUUGAAUCGGGACCAUAACGAGAUUCUGGAGAUGGCGCAGGGCAAAGGCUUCGUGACAGCGGCCGAGGUGCAGGCGCAAAAGGGCUGGCCGCCAGGGAGGGUCGAAGACGCGUUAGAAACGCUGCUAAGAGAGGGCCUUGCAAUGAUAGACGACGGUGAUCCAGAUGGGCAGCGCCGUUUCUGGUUCCCUUGCUCGUCCGGAGAUGGCAACUUGAGCAUAGAAGGACAACUCGGUGAAGGACCUAUCCGAUGACGUUAGUGCACUGGUCCGGUUGAUUCUUAGCUUUGAACAUAUUGAACGAGUUGGUCGAAACCAACUAUGUACAGAUAGAGAGGAAUUUUUAGAUCAUAGGGCGAUGAAAUGGUCAACACUUUCUGGAAAUGAAGCAUGUGAUUGGAGCAGAAGUUUGAAGAGUAUAUGAAAGCGUCGUCGCCGCAAUUCAGCCUUCGCCUGGACACUAGCUGUACGUCCCAAUCCCUGUAUGAUG